AUGGAAGAGGAAGAAGCGGCGGCGGCGAGAAACGAUCCUGACUCCGAGGCGACGAAGAUGUUUACCGGCGAAAACACCGGUUUGGACUUUGACCUGUACGACGACAUUCCCGUGGAGACGAGCGGACGCGACGUGCCGGAGCCCAUCACUUCGUUCGUCGACCUCGACCUCGGGGCGGCCGUGAACACGAACAUCAAGAGAUGCAAGUUUAAGAAUCCGACGCCGGUGCAAAAGUACGCCAUUCCAGCUUCGCUGGCGGGAAGAGAUUUAAUGGCGUGCGCGCAGACGGGUUCCGGUAAAACGGCGGCGUUUUGCUUUCCCAUCAUCGCCGGUAUCUUGAAGCGCGGUCUUCAAGGCGGUCAUAUGAACCGCAAGACGUAUCCUCUCGCGCUCGUGCUUUCGCCGACGCGCGAAUUGGCGAGCCAGAUUCACGAAGAAUCGCGGAAGUUCGCGUACCAAACCGGCGUCGCCUCGUGCGUCAUCUACGGUGGCGCUCCGGCGGUGGAACAAUUCCGCGCCAUGGAACGCGGGUGCGACAUUCUCGUCGCCACGCCGGGUCGUUUGAUCGAUCUCAUCGAUCGCGCUAAGAUCUCGUUGAGCAGAGUUCAAUAUCUCGCGCUCGACGAGGCGGAUCGCAUGUUGGAUAUGGGUUUCGAGCCGCAAAUUCGACAAAUCGUCGACGAGCGCGACAUGCCGCGAUGUGGCGAGCGUCAAACGAUGUUGUUCUCCGCAACGUUCCCGAGGGAAAUCCAGCGAAUGGCUUCGGACUUCUUGGACGAUUACGUCUUUCUCACGGUCGGUCGCGUCGGCUCUUCGCACGCGUUGAUCACGCAAUCCGUCGAGCGCGUGACUUCGUACCACGAAAAGAGCAAUAUGCUUCUCGAUUUGGUCGAAGCCGUGCCGGGUUUGACUUUGGUUUUCGUCGAAACGAAGCGAGGUGCGGACCAGCUCGAGGAUUUCUUGUACCAAAACGGUAAGCCCGCGACGAGCAUCCACGGCGAUCGCACGCAGCAGGAGCGCGAGGCGGCGUUGAAAUCCUUCCGAGCGGGUAAGACGCCCAUCCUCGUCGCCACGGACGUCGCGGCGAGAGGUUUGGAUAUUCCUCACGUCACCCACGUCAUCAACUUUGACUUGCCAUCGGAUAUCGACGACUACACGCACCGCAUCGGUCGUACCGGGCGCGCGGGGAAGAAGGGUCGGGCGACGGCGCUGUUUUUAGAAUCCAAAGACGGCCAAAUGGCUCGCCCGUUGACGGAGCUCAUGAGCGAGGCGAACCAGGAAGUGCCGACGUGGUUGACGCAAAUCUCUGGCCAUUCCUUCGGCGGUGGUGGACGUCGUCGCGGUGGUGGUGGCGGGAAUAGAUUCGGCGGUCGCGACUACCGCGGCGGCGGCGGCGGCGGCGGCGGCGGCGGCGGCGGCGGCGGCGGCUGGGGCCGCGAGUAA